ACUGUAAAAGGAUCUACUGGGAUCGAUGGGUUUGAUGUGGUGUAUUGUCAAAUAGUUGAUGGGAAGAAGGUUGGAACAGCAAAGGCCGAAAUGGAUGAACGUAAAGAUUAUCAGAAACCGGCAGACAUGGAUAAUGCUAGUAAAACAUUUGAUGUUAGGUGA